AUGGCUGCUGUAUCAAUUGCCAUGAAAUCAGCAACACAAUCUCCCGACGACCUCACUGAACUUCUUUGGCAAGAUGCCUUGCGCCACCUUGUGUCUACAAAUAACGAAGUCCUUCUACCGACAAAUGUCGUAGACAUAAUCGGUCAGGCUAACGUCGAGAAAAUCAAGUCCCGCCUUUCUGCUAUUCUCAGAGGCCCAGUCGUUUGCUUUGUUGACGAAUCGAUCAAUGCUCUUCGUGUUCUCCGCACACCAGCAUUCUCGGGCUCCUCGAUAUCUGUUGCCUCUCACGCUAGGGGCCUUGACUCGAGGGCCGGCGAGGCUCCUGCCAGACCCAAGCCAACCUCGAUGAAAUCCGCAAAAGUUCCUCGGCCUCCUAAUGCGUUCAUUCUCUACAGGCAGCACCAUCAUCCCAGAGUGAAAGAGUCUUACCCCGACCUCACCAAUAAUCAGAUUUCCGUGAUUCUAGGAAAGCAAUGGAGAGAAGAGACUGAAGAGGUCAAGCUGCAUUUCAAGAAUCUGGCGGAAGAUUUCAAAAAGAAGCACGCUGAAGAGCAUCCUGACUACCAAUACACUCCCCGAAAACCUUCUGAGAAAAAGCGUCGGGCGACUUCUCGUCUGUCUCCAAAAUCUUCGAAGCCUUCCGUACCCCUUGAAACUCCGCCUCCGAUGAGUGCAUCAUCACCCAACGCCUUCACGCCACCAAUGUGUCCUGAUAUUCAAACUGGGCAACUCGCAGGUGCAGUUUAUAUGGGGCAGCUCGAGGGGCCGAACGUUAUUUUCAACGCCAGCGGCUUGACCGAAGAACCCACUAGUUUCGGCACCAAUGCGUUUGAUUCCCUCUUUCAACAGGGGCAGAGUGAAUAUGACAGGACUGCAUUAUUCUCACAGCUGGAGCUUGCGGAUGGGUCUUUCGGAGACUCUUUUGAGUUCCCCGACUUUGCAGCUGAUUACUUCUGA